AUGAAUCCCAUGACACAGUUGUACUACAAGAAGGCGACGUACUCGCCGUACCGCGAUCGCAUCCCUCUUCAGAUCGUUCGUGCUGAGGUGGAGCUGUCAGCUGAGGAGAGAGCAUACCUGACCGCAGUGGAGAAAGGUGACUAUGCGGGCGUCAAACACGCCCUCCGUGAGGCGGAGGUCUACUACAACAUGGAUGUGAACUGUCUGGACCCGCUGGGCCGCAGCGCGCUCCUCAUCGCCAUCGAAAACGAGAACCUGGAGAUCAUGGAGCUCCUGCUGGACCACGGCAUCCACACGGGCGACGCCCUGCUCUACGCCAUCAGGAAGGAGGUGGUGGGCGCCGUGGAGCUGCUGCUGUCGCACAGGAGGCCCAGCGGCGAGAAGCAGGUUCCCUCUCUGAUGAUGGACAGUCAGUUCUCAGAGUUCACCCCAGACAUAACUCCCAUCAUGCUCGCUGCUCACACCAACAACUAUGAGAUCAUCAAACUCCUAGUACAACGCAAGGUCACCAUCCCCAGACCACACCAGAUACGUUGUGACUGUGUAGAGUGUGUAUCCAGUUCAGAGGUCGACAGUCUUCGGCAUUCACGCUCUCGACUCAACAUCUACAAGGCUCUGGCCUCACCCUCCCUCAUCGCGUUGUCCAGUGAAGACCCCAUCCUCACGGCCUUCAGACUGGGCUGGGAACUCAAAGAGCUCAGCAAGGUGGAGAACGAGUUUCGUCAGGAGUACGAGGAGCUAUCGCAGCAGUGCAAGCGGUUCGCCAAAGACCUUCUGGAUCAGGCUAGGAGUUCUAGAGAGCUGGAGACCAUCCUGAACCACAGAGACAACGACCAGAGCGAGGAGCUGGACCCCAGACAGUGCCACGAUCUGGCCAAGCUCAAACUGGCUAUCAAAUACCACCAAAAAGAGUUUGUGGCUCAGCCCAACUGUCAGCAGCUCUUGGCCACGCUUUGGUACGACGGCUUCCCGGGCUGGAGGAGACGACACUGGGCGGUCAAACUGGUCACCUGCUUCAUCAUCGGACUUCUGUUUCCUGUUUUCUCUCUGAUCUACCUGUUGGCUCCUAAGAGCGCGCUGGGUCGCUUCAUCAAGAAGCCCUUCAUCAAGUUCAUCUGUCACACGGCGUCCUACCUAACCUUCCUCUUCCUGCUGCUGCUCGCCUCGCAGCACAUCGCCCGCACCAACCUGCACAUGCAGGGACCCCCACCCACCAUUGUAGAGUGGAUGAUCCUCCCAUGGGUGCUGGGCUUCAUCUGGGCAGAGAUUAAGGAGAUGUGGGACGGGGGGUUCACAGAGUACAUCCACGACUGGUGGAACCUGAUGGACUUCGCCAUGAACUCGCUCUACCUGGCCACCAUCUCUCUGAAGAUAGUGGCGUACGUAAAGUAUAACUCCUCUCGACCCAGGGAGGAGUGGGAGAUGUGGCACCCCACGCUGAUAGCCGAGGCUCUGUUCGCCAUCGCCAACAUCUUCAGCUCACUCAGACUCAUCUCCCUCUUCACCGCCAACUCUCACCUCGGGCCUCUGCAGAUCUCACUGGGCAGGAUGCUGCUGGACAUCCUCAAGUUCCUCUUCAUUUACUGUCUGGUCCUGCUGGCGUUUGCUAAUGGUCUGAACCAGCUGUACUUCUACUACGAGACAAAGGCCUCAGAAGAACACAACAACUGCAAAGGCAUCCGCUGUGAGAGGCAGAACAACGCCUUCUCUACGUUAUUUGAGACUCUUCAGUCUCUCUUCUGGUCCAUAUUUGGGUUGCUGAAUCUCUACGUGACCAAUGUGAAGGCUCGACACGAGUUCACAGAGUUCAUCGGGGCGACCAUGUUCGGCACGUACAACGUCAUCUCUCUGGUGGUUCUGCUCAACAUGCUGAUCGCCAUGAUGAACAACUCGUACCAGCUCAUCGCCGAUCACGCCGACAUAGAGUGGAAGUUUGCCCGCACCAAACUAUGGAUGAGCUACUUCGAUGAAGGCGGGACGCUGCCGCCGCCGUUCAACAUCAUCCCCAGCCCAAAGUCCAUCCUCUACCUUCUCAUGUGGCUCCACAACAAGCUGUGCCGGCGAGGCCAGCCGCCCGGGGACGACUCGCACAAGUGUGAAAACCUCCGAGAGUUCACGGAACGGCACGCUGACAGUCUGAUCCAGAAUCAGCAUUACCAGGAGGUGAUCCGAAACCUGGUGAAGAGGUACGUGGCGGCCAUGAUACGCAGCGCCAAGACAGACGAAGGGCUGACAGAGGAGAACUUCAAGGAGUUGAAGCAAGACAUCUCCAGUUUCCGCUACGAGGUCCUGGAUCUCCUCGGGAACCGGCGUCCACCCAGGCGACAUUACUCCUCCUCCAGCGAUGCAGCAAAAGACGACGGCGCCGCAGCAUCAGAGGAUGACAGCGAAUCGGGGGACGGCAGUGGGGGCGGAGGUGGAGGCCAGCGAUCCAAAGGCGUGACCUUCAUGACGCCGCUAGAGGACGACAAGUCACCAGAACCAGAGCAAGGUGUGUCCGCUUUGGUGCGCUCCAUUUCAGGAAUGACACAGAUAGAAAGAACCGGAGAGGAUGACGAGGUGGAUCUGGAGGAGGGCAUCGGAUGGGGGGAAGAGGAGGAAGAAGAGGAUGGGAAACCAAAGAGCAACGGGCUGAAGACAAACGUCAUCCCUCCAUCGUCCACCUCCGUCCUCCCUUCUCCGUCGUCAUCAUUCGCCACAGCAUUGUCAUCAUCACUCGCCCGUACAAGAAGUCGCCUCCAACGCCUCUCAUCUCCAGGAACAAAGACGGACUCUUUCAAGCGCCUCUCAUACCUGUUCUCUCGCUCCAAACGCAAAGCCCCGCCCCUGCCUCUCCCUAUGCAGUCCCCGCCAUCUUACACCAUCUCCGACGGGUUGCUCCGCCCUCUGGGGACCCACAGCCACUCCGACUUCGGACUCAGUGACGUGACCAGAAGCGAGACUCACCUGAACGAGGUGGGCCGCUCAGUCGACAUCAACAACCCCUCGUUCUCCCCGCGGAGAUCGAACGGGCGGGACUCCCUCCUCACUCUGCCCCUCCCACCCCCGUGCCCCUGCCAAUCCCUGCACUGUGCUUCCAACAUGUCCGAGUCCAGCUCGCGCCUCCUGGACUCCAGCGAGGACGUUUUCCAGGGCGGAGGCGUGGGGGGGUCGGGCGAGGGCGGCAUGGAUGGGGGAGGAGGGGGAGGAGGAGGGGUGAUGUUAAUGGGCGGGUGGGUGGGACCGUGUGAUGAUGUCAUAGAGGACAGCUGUGAGGUCAUAGAGGACUCUGUCACCACACAGCUAUAG